AUGAAUAAUGACGAUAUGUUUGAUAACGUUAAUCUGUCUCCAACAGAGUUUUUGGAUAUGGGUGGGAGUACAGGCAAUGACGAUAUAAUACAAGAUUAUCUAAGCCGUUUAUCGUUUCCUCCCAAGCAAACCAAUACGCAGCAGCAGCAACAGCAGCAACAUCAGCAACAGCAGCAACAGCAACAGCAACAGCAACAUCAAUCACCUCAAAGUGAGUUAAAUAUGGAUUCGCAAUUUUCUCAAAGUUUAAGCAGUAAUGCAUUUGUUCAUGAUAAUACCGGUAAUAAUGAUAGAGUCCAUGGUGUAGAAGUAGUUAUUGAUAACAACGAUAACAAUCGCAACAAUAACAUUUUCGAUGAUAGCAUUAAUAGUAGGAACAGGACAAGCCAACCUAUUGGUACUAAUAUCAUUUCCCAAUCGCAAAAUGAUAAUAUAUUGGAUCCAUUCAUGGAAAAUCUAAACGUGAAUGUAAACGUUACCGAACAGAACCAAACUGGUUUGCAACAUUUAGAAUUAGGAAACAUAAACGAUUCGUGGAAUGAUCAUGGAAACUUCUUAUCCCCCGUGGCUGCCUCAAAUAAUAAUGAUGAUUCAGAAUCUGUUUAUUCAUCAGCCUCUUCAUUUAAUCUAGCGGUAAAUUAUGGUAAUAACGAUUUGGCUUUAUCUCCUGCAGUAUCAUAUUUAACUGCUGGUGAAGAUGAUUUAGACGACGCUGCUUCUCUGAUGUCUGGAAAUUCUAAUUAUUUAUUGCCUGUUAACUCACAUGGUUAUAAACAUGUAACUACUCUAGAUGAAUUGGACCAAUUACUAGAUUCUGUACUUCCAGAUGUUCAUGCUACGGAUUUUGAUUUCCAAAAUGUUAAUAAUAUUGAUGACAAUAUCAGAAAUUUGAGUGCGGACCUCGAAGCAUUAAAUCAAGAUCGAAGUUUGUCUAAUACUCCGGUUACUACACCAACUAUCUCGGUACAAAAUUUUGAUACCGACUCUUCGCAAAUAACUCCAAGCAAUCAAUUUGUACCAAUCCCAACUAUUAAUAUUCAAGUAAAUGAUAUUUCUUCGAUUGAUUCCACCAUGCAAACUAAUAGGCAGGAUAGGAAUAAUUUGGAAACCGGUGGUCUGUUAACGCCAAAUACGCAAACUAAUGAUAAUCAACACGAAGAAAUGAGACAAGGUAGAAUUUCCAGAAGGCGAAGAUCAACAACUUCAAGAACACCAUCGAGGUCUAGAACGAGAAGUAUGUCACCAGAGUCUAAAGCUAGAUCAUUGAGUGAAAAUAGAGAUAAGUUAUUGGAAAUGGCAGAUAUGGGUAUUAAAAUAGAGCAAACUGAAAAUAAUGAAGCCCUUCAGCUCCAAACACCAUCAACAGAAAGUAAAACAGAUGAAAUCACAGUGCCGUUGCCGUUAAUUGACGGAGAAACUUCACAAAACCUUGCUGGUUCCACACGAAGAAAGUUUUCUCAAAAGAACCCAUCAAUAUAUGCAUGUCCAGUAUGUGAUAAGAAAUUUACAAGGCCUUAUAACUUGAAAUCUCACAAAAGAACACAUACGAAUGAACGUCCAUUCUCCUGUAGUCAAUGUGGGAAAACAUUUGCUCGUGAACAUGAUCGGAAAAGACAUGAAGACCUUCAUACUGGUAAGAAAAGGUAUGUAUGUGGUGGUAAACUGAAAAGUGGUGAAUCCUGGGGCUGUGGUAAAAGGUUUGCCAGAAGUGAUGCACUAGGAAGACAUUUCAAAACAGAAAGUGGUAGAAAGUGCAUAACACCAUUAUAUGAGGAAGCCUCAAGAGAACGAGGUGCUGUUCAAGAUACAACCGAUCUAUUGUUAAAUGGAGACCCUAUAAUGUAA